UUGCGUCGACGUCAAGCGGAGUCAGGCCUUUGUGUCAGGGCAGGCGGCCAGUGUAACUUGGCUGGAGUAUCUUUUGUGCGAGAAAAAUUGUUUUUUGAGAUAGAUUGAGCCGAGUUUCUACGCGAGAGCCACGAAACCUACGUAUCGAGACGGAGUAAUAUGAGUAAUGCAGCCAACCAGAAUGGAUCAGGUCUAGAGCAGCAGUUUGCUGGUCUGGACUUGCAGAACUCCCGCCAGCCAAGUGGGGGUCGCUACGUACCACCUCAUCUCCGCAAUAAGCCCGGAGGUCCUGCGCCAUUAGGCGGUGAUUCCAAUUCACCACCAAGCAACUCGAGGCAACCUAGCGACAGAGACAGAGGAGGUGAUAGAGAUCGAGAACGUGGUAGAGGAGGUGGAGGCGGCGGAGGCCGUGACGGCGGCUCUGGCUACAGAGAUUCUCGCGGGGGUGGCCGUGAUAUUGACUUUGGUAACUUUGGAGGUCGCAAUCGUCGCGGUGGCAAUCAAGAGAACGGGGGAGGGCGUGAUCAGCGCUACCCGAGCAAUGACAACCGAGAUGGUGGUUCAGGUGGCGGCAAUGACCGCUGGCAGGAACAGCAACCUCGAAAUGACCGCUGGCAAGAGUCCAGAAAUGAUAACAGAUCAAGUGGCAAUGGAGGUGGAAGAUGGAAAGAUAGCGAGGGUGGCGGUGGACGCGAGGGUGGCAGGGAUGGCGGAAGAGGACGAAAUGAAGUUGACUGGACAAUCCCGACAACGAGGGAUGAGAAGCUGGAGCUGGAAUUGUUUGGAACAGGAAAUACUGGAAUCAAUUUCAGCAAAUAUGAGGAUAUUCCCGUUGAGGCCACCGGCGAUAACAUACCUCCACACAUCACAUGCUUCGAUGAAGUACAGCUGACAGCAAUUGUAAAGAACAGCAUCACUCUUGCUGGUUACGAUAAGCCGACGCCGGUCCAAAAGUAUGCGAUUCCGAUCAUCAUCGGGCGUCGCGACGUCAUGGCCUGCGCGCAGACCGGAUCUGGUAAAACUGCGGCAUUCUUAGUGCCGAUAUUAAAUCAGAUCUAUGAAUGCGGUCCCCGACCUCCCCCACCCAAUGCUGCCGGCGCAAACUUUGGAAGGCGCAAGCAAUACCCUCUGGGUUUAGUUUUGGCUCCCACCAGAGAACUGGCUACCCAGAUAUACGACGAAGCGCGCAAGUUUGCUUACAGAUCAAGGAUGCGUCCUGCUGUUGUUUACGGUGGUGCCAAUGUUAGCGAUCAGUUACGUGAGCUUGAUCGCGGUUGCCACCUUCUUGUCGCCACUCCUGGUCGUCUCGUCGACAUGCUUAAUCGCGGGAAAAUUGGUCUGCACAAUUGCCGGUAUCUGGUAUUAGACGAAGCGGAUCGAAUGCUUGACAUGGGUUUCGAGCCGCAGAUUCGUCGCAUAGUAGAACAAGACACCAUGCCUCCAACUGGGGAACGACAGACCCUUAUGUUCUCUGCCACUUUUCCCAAAGAGAUUCAGAUGCUAGCUCGCGACUUUCUGGACAAUUAUAUUUUCUUGGCAGUCGGUAGGGUUGGUUCUACGUCUGAAAAUAUCACCCAGAAGAUAGUUUGGGUUGACGAACAUGAAAAACGAUCUUAUCUUCUUGAUCUACUCCAAGCCAACAACCUCACUCAGCCUAGUGCGGAAUCACUCACACUGGUUUUCGUUGAAACAAAAAAAGGAGCUGACACAUUGGAGGAAUACUUGCACCAAGCAGGUUAUCCCGUGACUAGUAUCCACGGUGAUAGAACUCAGCGUGAGCGUGAAGAUGCAUUGCGCCGUUUCCGCGCGGGAUCAGCACCUAUUCUCGUUGCGACAGCUGUCGCUGCACGAGGUCUUGAUAUUCCUCACGUUAAACACGUAAUCAAUUUCGACUUGCCCGGUGAUGUCGAAGAGUAUGUACAUCGUAUUGGGCGUACCGGACGUAUGGGGAAUCUAGGAGUAGCCACUUCAUUCUUCAAUAGUAAAAACCAUAAUUUAGUACGAGAACUAGUGCAGCUUCUGAUAGAGGCUAACCAGGAGUUACCCCCGUGGUUAGAGAAUAUGUCAAUGGAGGUGCGACACUCUGGCGGUGGUGGUGGUGCACGAAGACCAGGUAGCACUAAGAGCAGCGGUGGUCGUUUCGCCAGUGCUUUCGGGGCGAGAGAUUACCGUCAGCAGCCUGGUGCAGGAUCUGCACGAAACAACGGAGCCGGAAGACCUGGAAGUUAUGGCGGGGGUUACGGAGGAUACGGAGGCAGUUACAACAACUCAUCCUACAAUACUUCAUCGAACAAUGGUGGCGGUGGCACAGACUGGUGGGGCGGCAAGUAGAUGGAAGACGAUUAUCCACCACAAUUUAAUAAUACAAAUAUAACACUAAAAUUGGGUUACGUGUAACGAACACACACAAUCACUCGCUUACUCACUUCCCGUGCACUUCACUCCGAACCCUAAUCUCAAUACAUGGAUACAGACAUUUACACAUACACAUAUACAAUAUACACGAUGAAACACCGCUAAAUUACGAGAUGUAUAUUUGAAAAAAGAAGAAAAAAAAAACGAUACAAAAGCAGAAAAAAAUACUGAGAUAUAAAAAAAAUAUGAACAAACUAAAUAUACCUCGAGAAGUCAUUAAAAAUUACCUAAUCGCUGGAAAAAAAUAUGAGAAAAUAUGGAUAGUUAAAAUUUGCUCCUUAGUUUAAUUAUUUACAGACAUCUCUCUGCGGUGAAAAAAACAUCGUCGAUAGACACAAGUAGAAAAUAAUCAUUAAUGAAUCGUUAUUACUAUUCCAAAUAACGAUGUAGGUUCAACCUUAGCGAAAAUUUUUAGAACUCCUGUCAGGGCUUAUGGGGCUCGUUAAGGUUUAGAGUAAAUUAAAUUCAGAGCGUGGUUUGAAAAAUGUGCUAUUAAAAUCGUAAAAUGGAACGACACGCGAUGUCUAUUUCCAAGUUUCGUUGCUUGAAUAUAAUAAAGCAUAAACUAAUAUUUUGACACAUUUUUCAAAUCGCGUAUACCAUCGCUAAAAAUUAAGUAAUUUCUAUAACAAUUUUCUUUGAAUUUAUUAUAUCAUUAAACGACGAAUGGUAUUUUUUUGUUUUGCCGUCCCCAGAAAAUAAAACAAAAUUAUAACGCUACACACGACUCACAUGUAGCAACAGUGUAAACUAAAUGACAACGCGCUAUUCUAAGAGCCAUUAGUAAAUCGUUACUUGAAAGAAUUUAAAGGAGCUGGAUAACGUCUUGAAAUAUCUUUAGAAAUUAAUCUUUUGUUGUGUUCAUGCCACAAUAUAUAGGUAGAUAUACGUGUAUAUAAAUUUUGUAAUAUUUAAAGGCGCUGGUAUCAUCAUUAUCAUCCCCGGUGGUGCCAUUGUGCAAAUUUUUACAUAAUGAACAAUUAUUAAACGAAUUUAAGUAAUAUUUUUUCCGUUUAUAAAUAGUAAUAUUAGUAAUUUUUACAUUAAAUAAGUUAUAUUACAAGAAAUUUCAAUGUGUUCAGAGACUCUGUGGCAAUUAAGAUGUUUGGAACACUAUUUCUAAAUGUCACAAUGACGUCCUGUGUAAGUUCUUAGCUGUACACACGAGUGGAUAAUUUGUCAUUAUGAAAGAAAAGAAAAAUGGCUACGUCAGAAUACGCGCGGAAGGAUUAAGAAAUGAACUUUCAAAAAUAUUUAAUAAUACGGUUGCAGUUACAGGGGGUAAUUAAAAAAAAAAAACCAAGUGCUGCGCAUUUGCCAAUAGGAAGGCCCAGAUAUUUGAAGGAAGAUAAUGUAUGGUCUAUGGACUAUGAGGCAACAUCGUGCAUACAUAUUCUAAUAUUUUAUAACUAUCGAUCAGUAUACUACGCUAUAUAUAUAUACACACAAACAUGAAUAUAUAUAUAUAUAAAUAAACAUAUUAAUUAAUAUGCAUAAAUACAUUACGUUAAAAUAUAACAAAAUGAUUAAGGAAAAAAAGAACGACUGUGAUAUUGAACGAUCUUGGGGACAUUCAAUUUCUACGCAAAUUGAUAAAUGCACGAUUAAGGAAAUAUACCAAUAAUGAAUUAAUUAAAUUUAUUGAUGAUUGAAUGUCAGAGAAUACCAGCUCACUGUUUUGAGCUAUGGAAAGAAUAUUGAGUCGUUACAAAUAAUAAACAACAUGAAUUUGGCUGUUGUCCGAUCGGGGAGGGCUGAACGCUCUUGCGGUCCUAAAACUAUUUUAGGGCAUUGUUUCUACUUAAACAGAAAAAAGUGUAUAAAUAGUGAAUAAACGCGCGUUGAUAAUAUGUUAAUAUCAUUGAUAACGAUGUUGGUAGGGCUUUAUAGAACGUUGUUCAAAUAUCUCUUCUGCGUCCGUCAGACUCUUAAUACCUAUUAAAUCUGUGUGACACGUAAAACUAGAAACAAAAGAAGAGUACAAAUUCGAUUCGCAUGACAACUGACAGGAUUCGUAAGCUUGUCGUACAUGUUAUAUAGAUAGUGCAAUCGAGUGCGUGAGAAGUAUGGCAGUGCCGUGCGUAUGACCAUGGACAUGGACCAAUGUGUGCAGAAGAAUGAAUGCCUCUCGGAGGAAUGACGAUUAUUUCAAGUAGACUUUCAAAUAGUGUUUGAAAAGGAAAUAAAUUAUACAAAAUCACGUAUUGUUAACUUUCAAUGGUAUCGGAUAUGAACAAAUUUUACUAAGCGUAAAUAAUCAAUUAUCAAUUAUUCGCUCAAGGCCCUGCCGCAGAAGUGAUGAGAAAUUAGGGUUCGAAAUUUGAGUAAAGGAACCUGUUACGUCUGGUUCUUUGCGUAGUACAAAUUUUAACUUCAUAUACUACAAAUUACCUGCAGUCUAGACUUUAGAAUUUGAAAAUACAAAAGUUAUAGAACAAAAUUAAUUUCAUUUCAGUAUUUACACCAGUCUUACUUACACGGCAGUAAUACUUCACUGAAUUAAUUUUUCAAAUUUUAGCCUUUCACCAUUUUUCACACUAGAAAUUUAAAUCUAUUCAGUGGUGACAGAAAUCAAUUAUGAUUGCUAUGAAAGAUUUCUGCUGUAUAUGCGAACGUGAGUAAUGUAGAAUCACCGACCCUAAAUACAGUUCAAAUUGAGAGUUCAUAUGGCACGAGUUGACUAGCAGAAACGAAAAAAUCAUUUAAUUGAACAGCUGCAAUCAAUUUGUUAUUAAGUUUGUAUAAAUUGACAAAGUAUGAUACUAUGAUUUAGAUUUCUCUUAGCAUAUUUUAGGUGAUGAAAUAGAAGAAAAAUAAUAAUUAAUUAAACGGACCUAUUUAUUAAUCUACUUAGUAUUUAUUUUCUCUUUUUGUUUUGUAAUUCGUUGCUUUGUGUGUUCUUUUCUAUCUCUUGUAUUUUCUGAAGCGCACCUUUUUACGUUGUGUUUAGUCCUCUGGAGAUUAUCGGACUAGCAGCCUUGCAAAACAGUAUAUAUACACACACGUAUAUGUAUAUAUAUGUAAACAAUCGAAUGAUUAUAAUCAGAGAAAACAUGGUUGCACUUACAAUAGUUGCAAAACUGCGUUGCUGUAGGAAAAGAAGGGCUAUGGAUAUUAAUUAUCGCAAACAUGCACACAAACAUAUAUAUAUAGAAAGGAGGAUGUUGACUGUGACUGCAAUCAUUUCUAAGAGAAUACAUAAUUACAAACUUAUAAUAUAUAAUAAUAUAAUAUAAACAUGUCAUAACAUUGCAUACUACAUUCUGUCCUAUCAUUUUUACACGUUCCGUUUAAUGGCAUUCCAGUAACCGACUACAGAGUUUUUCAAACAUGUUCAUGUAGCGCUGUAACAAAUAUCCGUGUAUUGGUCAGCGCCCAUAGUAUAGUUGAAACUCCGCCGACUGUCAUUAAAUGUUACGUAAAAAGCAAAGAUAAAAUUAAACCAUUCAUAAUGUAACACAUUAAUUUAUGAUAAAGUAAAGGAAAAACAAAAGGAACAAAAGGAAAAAAAAAUUUGUACAAGGCGGGAUGGCAAAAAUGUCUAAUGUAAGAACGUUUAAUCUGAUUGAAAAAUCAGCAUAGAUUUUCAUUAAAAAAGUCGUGAUAAUGGGUAUAAUCGGUACAUAUGAUUUUUGGUUUUUUCAAUAGAAGGGGAAAAAAUUGAUCCGUUAUGCAUAUACUUCUUUCGAUGCUUAAUAACGAGGUGACAAGUAGCAGUAAGAUUUGUCAUCUGCUUACAGAAUUUUUCAUACCGGACGACGUGCAUGCCCAAGUAAUACACAAUCUAUUUCAAUUUUUACUAAUAAUAAAUAGUUAUUACACAAUUUUCAUAGUAAAAGGAAAAAUGAUAUAGAUAUAUCGCAUUGGCGAAUGUACCAUUCGGUCAGAGAUUUACUAGUGAUCACAGGUUUAAUAUGCUAUCUUAGUUGAAUUAUUAAAAGAAAUCUAGAAAAAUUAAAGUAACA